AUGCGCAUCCCUACCUUGCUAUGUCUCGUUUCGUCAUCCAUUUGGACCAUUAAUGCAAUCCCAGCUCCUCAACCCGUGGAAAGUUCAGGUGCAAUCCAACCUGGACCCUGGCAUCAUGCGACCACCCAGCACGAAAGCCCCGCAUUUACCCCCACGGAUUCGCUUGUGCGACGAACCGGUAUUGCUUUACGCCCUCCCUGGGAGAUAUUCUGUAUUCUUACGGGAGGUACCCCUCGACCCACCCACCCUGCAUUAGCUGUGGAGACGUCGAUAUCAAGCGGAGAUGACUACGUUGCUGUUCAACAGACUGUUCCUGCUCUUCCUCUGGACUCGCCCACGCCGACGUCAGUCUCGCCCUUUUUCGCACCAACAAGCCAGCCAGAGUCGCAAAGGCACCCUUCUCCGUAUCCGACUCGGACGUCAGCUUCUCCUUCUAGUGACUCCCAGGAUACUACCUCACGUGCCCAAGCAUUCUCCACUACUGCGUUUACAAGCACGGAGCCAUCUUCGACGUCGAGCCAAAGCAAUUCACCCGACGAGAGCGCCAGUAGUCCAGCCCCUUCCAGCGACCUCACACAUUCCGUGUCUAGUUCUGUCGACUCCCCUCUUCAGACAGACAUUUCGGAAGGAGACCGUAAGGCUCUAGAGGCUGAAGCCUUGUCCAAAGCCAAGCGUAUCAGCUACUUCAAAAUUGUCGCCAUCGUCAUAGCUGCAUUCGCCCUGCUCGCCUUGAUCAUCUUCUUCCUGGUCGACCCGCGCACGUCGAGAGCCUUCCGUCACAAGCGAAUCGAACCCAAAUCCAGCGGGUCACGUCCUAUCUCGUCUUGGUUCCCCUUCCCCACACCGCCUCCUCCAGUUCGCACCCGCAAACCGGUCAAGUACGAGCAGCAGAACUUUGAGAACAUGGAGAAAUCAUCUGGCAACGGACCGUUGCCCCCUCCUCGGUCCAAGUUCUCGGUCUCGUCGUCGGAGUACUCUCAACGAUCGAGAGACUCGGGUGGUUCGACUGAUACCCUUCUGGCCGAAAACACGAGGGCCAACGUGUUCAUCCCUCCCAUCCGUUUGGAUAGCCCACCUGUUCGUCCACCUCGGCCACCCACUGCAGACAGCCCAGCCACCAUCCCCGAUGCCAUCUACUUCACACCGGAAAACCAGGCCUACAUGGACCCUUCCUUCGAUCCAUCAGAUUGCCCCAUGGCUAGGGACAGACCUGAAUCUACACGCACGAACACAACAUCGUCCGACUCUCCUCUCUUACCACCAAGCCUCUUCUUCACAAUGGAGGAAAACAACCCCUCCUCUCCUUCAAUCAUCCGUCGACCCCUCCCGAGUUACGGGUCUGUUUCGAGUGCUCCGAUUAACAGAUCCUCUUCUUCUCAGUUGCUUGAUCCGAAUGGUGGAAGGCUCCUCACAGAUGAUACACCGUUCCACCGGGAGAGGGUUAACAGCGCGCCGAUGUUCAUGGGCAAUCCCUUCAGCGAUCCCGAUCCUCAGCUCCUCAUCACGGAUCCGGUUGCGAUUCGGGUUCUGCAACAUCGAAGGAGUCGGUCUACGUCGGGGUGGGCGUACCCCAAGAAGAAACCUGACGAGUCGUACAAACCCGGUGUUGAGGAGGAAGAAUCGUAUCGUGGUGUUGUAGGUGUGGCGAUCUAA